ACGCUGCAGCUGGCGCACCUCUCGCCGCUCACCCUCACCCUCGCACUGCCGCCGCUCUAUCCGCUGCAGGCGCCGCCCGUCAUCGCUGCGCUGUCGGCGCCCUGGCUGCCCGCCGGCUCCGAGGCGCAUGCAUGGCUCAUGGCCUCGCUCCUCGAGCAGUGGCAAGAGGCGCACUCCGAGAUCCUCUUCACCUGGGCCGACUGGCUGCUGCAGGGCCUCUGGGAGGGCGCCAGCCCAUUCUCCACGCCGGACGGGCUGUGCCUGGAGGAGAAGCGCGGGAGCGGUCUUGUGGCGCGACUGCUGGCGUACGACAAGAUCGCCUCGAAGGAGGAAUUCGAAGGCGAGCGGUACGGCUGCGGCAUCUGCCUCGAGGAGCGGGCAGGGACCAAAUGUGUGAAGCUGGAGGGGUGCGGGCACGUCUUCUGCCAGGAGUGUCUCUCUGGCUACCUCGGCAGCAUGAUCGUCGAGGGCUACCACCGCCAGGCCUCGUCCUGUCCGGAUCCGAGCUGCACAAAAGCCCGCAAAGUAGGCGCAAUCAAGGACAAGGAGCUGCUGCCUCUCGUUGGCGAGGUGAUGGUGGGCCGUCUUGGGUGGCUGCGGAGCAAGGCAGAGGCAGAAGCAGAUCCGACGGCCGUCGUAUGCCCGCGGCAAGGUUGCCAUGCGAUCGCCCGCAUGAACCCCAGCGACGCGGGCACGUCGUACGAGUCGAUGCGCGAGUGCCCAAAGUGCAGCUUCACGGUGUGCGCGUACUGCCUCAAGGUGUGGCACGGGCGCUCGCCGUGCUCGCUCGCCUCGUCGUCGGCACUGGUACAGGAGUACCAGUCGCACGAGCCAGGCUCCGUCGAGCGCCUCAAGAUGGAGCAGCGCUUCGGACGCGCGAACCUCGAGCGCCUCGUGCGCACCGAGAUGGAGGAGCAGGCGAACCGCGAGUGGAUGGAGGCCAACGCCAAGAAGUGCCCGUCGUGUGCGGUCUCCAUCGAGCUGGCCUUUGGCUGCCACCACAUGACGUGCGGCAAGUGCCGCACGCACUUCUGCUUCCUCUGCUCGACGCGCCUCAAUCCGCUCGAGCCGUACCGCCACUUCAACACGCCGGGCAAGCCGUGCUACCAGCGCCUCUUU